GCGAUCAUCGCCGGGUUAGGGGUGAGGAGAAAUCAGUACUGUCCGUUGUGUAUUACGACAUUCCACCAGCAGCCGACAUAUACCGAGAAUUCUACAGGUCUUCAGGAAGAAUGAAUCCAAUUCUGUCUCCUGAAAUUAUCAGAGACGCUGGUCAGCAAGAUAGAAAACCGGAAGUCCUAUGUCUUGUCUGUGGUGACAAGGCUUCAGGAAAGCAUUAUGGUGUCCAGAGUUGUGAUGGUUGCCGGGGAUUUUUCAAGCGCAGCAUUCGCCGAAGUCUGGAAUACGUCUGCAAAGAGAAUGGAAAUUGCAUUGUAGAUGUUGCGAGAAGAAACCAAUGUCAGGCCUGCAGAUUCCGGAAAUGUCUAGAGAUGAAGAUGAAUCGAGACGCUGUUCAGCAUGAGCGAGCCCCACGCUGUUACCACUACAAGAGAGACAAUUCUGAACAUUAUGGCGAUUCCAUAAAGAACCCUUCUCCUUUUCCUCAUCAAAUCGGGGAUAUGUUUGAGCGUCAGAGAUGCUACACGUACAACCAGAUCCCAAAUUACGGAAUGAAUAUCGGAUAUCGCCCAGAAUAUACUGUUCCUAGAUAUGCUCCAUACAUCCCCACUCUUCCGGUACCCAUACCGGACCAAAAGAGAAACUACUUCCUGUCUGCCAGCAUCACUAACGGCAACAUUGAUAUCGGCCUCCGUCCGCACCAGGAUGUCAGUGAUGGAGGAAGUAGCAGCGUGUCCUCCACAAACUCUUCUAUUAACGGUGGAGAUAAAAGUAUCAGUCGUUCCCCCUCUCCCUCCGUGGACUCGACCCAGGAUACCAGGUUAUCGCAGUGUGACACAAGUCCACUUCCACUUGACAUCAAACCCGAAAAAGAUACAGACAUCAGACCAAGCAUGGAGCUGCCAUCUCCAGUGAGUUCCAGUACGUCUCUGUCAGACGAAAAGAAUCAGCUUACCCCACCCAAAAUGGCAUCACCAGCUAAAAGCGGGAUGGAUCAGAACACAGCUAUAGUGCCACCACAGUCCACCGACAGACCAACAGACAAUGCUCUCUAUACCAGUCCCUCUUCUAAUGAGUGUACAUUUGAGACUGCCGCUAAACUUUUGUUUAUGUCCGUCAAGUGGGCAAGAAAUAUUCCGUCUUUUCUCCAACUCCCUUUCAGGGACCAGGCUAUUCUUCUGGAGGAGUCAUGGUGUGAACUGUUUGUCCUCAGUGCUGCUCAAUGGUCGCUUAACAUAGACGUUGGUUACCUGUUAAACGCUAAUGGAUACACGUUAGAUGGGCCCAACAUGGAGAAGACAUCGUUGAUGUCCGUGCAGUUGAGGCAGGUUCAGGAUAUCAUCUACCGACUCAAUAGCAUCAGGGUCGACUCCACCGAGUAUGCAUGUCUCAAAGCCAUUCUGCUGUUUAAGCCUGAUGUUAAGGGGCUGCGUGAUUCGCUACAAGUGGAAGCAUUACAGGAUCAAGCCCAAAUGAUGCUGAAUGAUUAUGUCAGUAACCAGAGGCUCCUUAAAACACGUUUUGGCAGACUGCUUUUACAACUUCCGGCUAUGUGCAAUGUGAGUUCGCGGGCGAUAGAGGACAUCUUUUUCAGAAGAACAAUUGGCAACAUUCCAAUUGAGAGAAUUCUUUGCGACAUGUUCAAAUCAAGUUAAAUCUUGAUCAUAUUUGUUAUUUUCUUGUUACCAAGUUUGCUAUGUAGUAUUUAUGUCUGUGUUAUUAUUAUUUUUUUGGUAUACGCUUUAGAAAAGCGUGUGUUGUUCCAUGUUUUGGCUUAAAUAAAAUUUUGU